AUGGCAGAUGACGGAAAUGUUGUGGACUCGGGUCAGAUAUAUAAGUUAUCUUCUGAAUACGCCCUUGACAGUAACGAUGAGCAGGUUUGGCAGCAGUUGAACACUGUGAGAAGUUUUCCAGAAGGGAAAAGGAAUUGCUAUACCCUCAAACCCAAACAAGGCAAAAACAACAACUUUCUCGUUAGAGUUUACUACAAGUAUGGAAAUUAUGAUUACAAUAAUUCUGCUCCAGUCUUCCAGUUCCAUCUUGGCGUCAAUUUCUGGACAAGAUCGGGUAAUAACAGUGACCUUAGAAGAAUGGAGGCCAUUCGUGUUUCUCGAACCAACAAAGUUGAUGUGUGUCGUAUCAACAUUGGCCGUGGAAUACCCUUCAUUUCGUUGCUCCAACUAUGGCCUCUCAAGGAUUCUAUAUAUCCGAACGAUUCCGAUUUCUCGCCGCUAGGCCUCAUGACACGCUCUUCUUGGGGAACAUCUAAAGCAGAUUAUACUUUCAUCACAUACCCAGAUGAUAUCUACGAUAGCUCAUGGUUCCUCCGUAGAGAGAUCGAAAACUCAGAGCCAAUCACCACAUCGGUUCCGAUCGAUGGCGAUGUGUCAAACUAUAAAUUACCCAGAAAAGUGUUGGGCACUGCAAUUCGUUCACGGAACGGUUCGUCCUCUUUAGUUAUCGAGUUGGAUUACAGUACAGAUUACGAGUACUUUGUUUACCUUCAUUUUUAUGACUUCGAGGAGCAUUCUCAAGAUCAGCAAAGAAAGAUGGAAAUUACUUUCACGGAUACGAUCCGAGAGAACAUAACUCUUCAAUACCGGGUGCUCAAAACCAUGGUGAGGAGGAUACCCAAGGGGGAAUAUCUUAGUAACAUUUCAAUCACAUCAACCCCAGAUUCUGGUUUGCCCCCCAUGAUCAAUGCUCUUGAAAUCUAUAGAGUACUGGCCCAGUCGGAUUCACCAACUCAGGAAGGGGAUGGCAAGAACUUGAGCUCAAGCAAAGUGACUGGACAGAUAAAUACUUCAUUUUCCGAUCUCAUAUCGUUGGAGUCCCUGGAUUUGUCCAACAAUCAGUUGACGGGGAGAAAAACCUGA